UCCGGAAGGAGAUUUUUCUUUCUGUGUGGGACACUUCCGGCGGAUUUGGUGGCCAUGUGGAUGGUUUGAGAGCGGCGGAGUGCGGCUCAGAUUCAGGACCGUUGGAAAUCGCCGUUAGACGCAGCCGCUCGCCAACAUGGAGGAUGAGAAGGAGAAGAGGAAGCACCGGAAGAAGAACAGCGGGCCCAAAGCCAACAAGAAGCGGAGUCGGCAGCAGGGGGAGACCGAGGAGGAUGCCAGGAAGAGGAACCCCAAGGCCUUCGCCGUGCAGUCUGCCGUGCGCAUGGCUAAGAAUUUCCACAGGACGCAAGAUCUAAAGACCAAAAAGCAUCACAUCCCCGUGGUGGAUCGCACCCCUCUAGAGCCCCCUCCUGUGGUCAUAGUCGUGGUAGGACCCCCGAAAGUCGGGAAGAGCACCCUGAUCCGCUGCCUCAUUAAAAACUUCACCAAGCAGAAGCUGAGCGAGAUCCGAGGACCCGUGACUAUCGUAUCAGGCAAGAAACGGCGCCUGACCUUCAUCGAAUGCGGUUGUGACAUCAACACCAUGAUCGAUCUGGCAAAAGUUGCCGACUUGGUCCUGAUGCUGAUAGACGCCAGUUUCGGCUUCGAGAUGGAAACCUUUGAGUUCCUCAACAUCUGCCAGGUCCACGGCUUCCCCAAAAUAAUGGGCGUCCUCACCCACCUGGACUCCUUCAAGAACAACAAGCAGCUGCGCAAGGUCAAGAAGAGGCUGAAGCACCGCUUCUGGACGGAAGUCUACCAGGGGGCGAAGCUCUUCUACCUGUCCGGGAUGGUGUACUCGGAGUACCAGAAGCAGGAGAUUCGUAACCUGGGGAGGUUUAUAUCGGUCAUGAAGUUCCGACCCCUCGUCUGGCAGACUUCUCACCCUUACGUCCUGGCAGACAGAAUGGAAGAUUUGACCAAUCCAGAAGAAAUAAGAUUGAACCCCAAGUGUGACCGCAAAGUCUCGCUGUACGGCUACCUGCGGGGGGCGCACCUCAAGAACAAAAGCCAAAUCCACAUACCAGGAGUUGGGGACUUCGCGCUCUCCGAGGUGAGUUUCCUGCCGGAUCCCUGCCCCCUUCCCGACCAGCAGAAGAAACGUUCGCUGAACGAGAAGGAGAAGCUGAUCUACGCCCCGCUGUCCGGCGUGGGGGGUGUCGUGUACGACAAAGACGCCGUGUACAUCGAUCUGUCGGCCCAUCACGUCCACCUAGAGCAGCAGCGAGCCACAAAGCCCUCCCACGAGUUGGUCCAGAGCCUCAUCGCCACCAGUGCCACCAUCGAUUCCAAGAUGUCUUCCAGCAAAGUGUCUCUCUUCACCGACUCCAAACCCUUGGGAUUGGAGGACGUCGACAAGAACGAGUUUGUGAUGCCAACUGAAGAGAAAGUAACAGAUUCUACAGGCAGGGUGCGAAGGAGAGCAGUGUUCAAAGGCGACCAGGAUGGAGAUGAGGAAUCGGAAGAGGAGGGCGAUGAUGACAAAGACAGUGAAGAUGAUGAAGCUGAAGAACAGUCUUCAGAGGAGGACGAUGAUGACAAAGACAGUGAAGAUGAGGGGGAUGAUGAGGAGGAAGAAGCUGAAGAACAGUCUUCAGAGGAGGAAGAUGAACUUGAAGAGGCUCGUCUUGCUCCGACGGCCCCUAAAAGGACCAAGGUAGAGAAAAGCGCGGGUGUGGAGAUGCCCGCUUUUGCAGAUAGUGAUGAUGACCUGGAGAAGAGCGAGGAUGAAGAACGUCUCGAGGAGGAGGUACUUGAGGAAGAGGAGAAUGAAAGCGAAGACGAUGCCUCAGACAGUGAGGAGGACGAGGAAGAAAAGCUGGUCGCCUCAACCAAUGGGAAGGGGAAGAGGACCUCGAAGAGAUCAGCCGAGGUCAGGGGUAGGAAGUCGGCUCAGGCGGUGGACAGCGGGAAUUGUACAGGAGAGGAUGCAAAGUCCUCGGGUUCUGAAGCCGCAGAAGACAUGGAUACGGACGAGGAGGCCUCGGAAGAGGAAGAGGUUGACGAUGCGGAGAUGGGUGACACCAGUGAGGAAGAAGACGGUGCUGAGGAAGAUUUAUUAAAGGAAGACGAUGAGUAUGUAGAAAGUGGUGACUUCUCUGCCGAUACCGAGGGGGCCGUGAAGUGGAAGGAGGACCUCAAGAAGAAGGCAGCAGAAGUUUUUAUCCGACACCAGUCGGCCCCUAAUCUCCGGAAGCUGGUGUACGGUACAGUGGCGGAAGAGGAAGACGAGGAGAAAAAAGACGGAAAAGAGGAGCUUGGUGGUCUAUUUCACGUCAACCGGCCAGACAAGGAGUCCAGGAGGGCUGCUAACGCCCUUGACUGCUCCAGAUUCGUGGCUGAGGGUACUCGGGAUUGGGACGAUGAAGAGGUGAUGGACUCCAUCCGGGAUUGUUUCGUCACCGGCAAAUGGGAGGCGGAUAAGGACGCCGAGAAACUGCUUAAAGAAGACGAGGAGGUUUACGGGGACUUUGAAGACUUGGAAACCGGGGAGGUGCACAAAGGCAAGCCCCAGUCUGAGGAGGACGAGAAAGACGAGGAAGACGACAACGAGGAGGAGGACAAACCAACAGGACCUCCAGCAGAAGAAGAUGAGAAGAAGCGGCGCCUGGAGAAGAAGCGGAAGCUGAAGGAGAGGUUUGACGCUCAGUACGACGGCGGGGAAGACGACGCCACCUACUUCGACGACCUCAAGGAGGAGAUGCAGAAACAAGCAGAGUUAAACCGAGCAGAGUUCGAGGACCAAGAAGACGAGAUCCGCGUGCAGUACGAGGGUUUCCGGCCCGGCAUGUACCUCCGCGUCGAGGUCGAGAGCGUCCCCUGCGAGUUCGUGGUGAAUUUUGACCCCCACUACCCCGUGAUUCUGGGCGGACUGGGUAACAGCGAAGGAAACGUUGGAUAUAUUCAGAUGCGCUUGAAGAAACAUCGCUGGCACAAGAAGAUCCUGAAGACUCGAGACCCCCUGAUCUUCUCCCUGGGCUGGAGAAGGUUCCAGAGCAUCCCGCUUUAUCACAUUGAAGAUCACAAUGGACGGCAUCGGCUGCUUAAAUAUACCCCCGAGCACAUGCACUGCGGGGCAACCAUAUGGGGUCCAAUCACGCCGCAAGGCACCGGCUUCCUCGCGGUUCAGUCCGUCAGCGGCACUAAGGCUGAUUUCCGGAUAGCCGCCACGGGGGUCGUACUCGAUCUUGACAAGUCUGUGACGGUGGUGAAGAAGCUGAAGCUGAUCGGGUAUCCCUGCAAAAUCUACAAGAACACGUCUUUCAUCAAGGGGAUGUUCAGUACUACUCUGGAGGUGGCCAAGUUUGAAGGAGCUUCAGUCAGGACCGUGAGCGGCAUCCGAGGACAGAUCAAGAAGGCCUUGAGGACUCCAGAAGGAGCUUUCCGAGCCACGUUCGAAGACAAGUUGCUGAUGAGUGAUAUCGUGUUUUUGCGUACCUGGUACCCGGUUACCGUGCCUGCUUUCUACAAUCCGGUCACGUCCCUUUUGAAGCCCGUUGGAGAGAAGGAGACCUGGUCGGGCAUGAAGACGCUCGGCCAGUUGAAACAUGAGCUUGGGCUCCAUAAUAAGCCGGCGAAGGAUUCCUUGUAUAAGCCGAUCCAACGUCAGGUUAGACAUUUCAACCCAAUUCACGUCCCCAAAGCUCUGCAGAAAGCCCUGCCGUUCAAGAACAAGCCGAAGCUCAUGAGGAAGAAGGGGAAAUUGCCCAGGGACCUCGUGCGGCCGGCCGUCAUCCGGGAGCCUCACGAGAGAAAGAUAUCGGCUCUUCUGAGCGCCCUGGGAACCGUGAACAAUUACAAGACGGCAAAGGCCAAGACGAAGCACCGGCAGCAGAGGAAGGAAUUCCAGCGCGGGAAGCAGAAGGAGGAGGAAGAGAAACUCAAGAGGCAGAAGGACGCCAGGAAGAAGCUUUUCCGAGCCAUCGGGCAGAAAGAGAAGAAAAAGCAGAAGUCGAGUCUCAGAGGCAAUCGGGAGGAGGCGUGACGGCCUUCACGGACCCUCGCGCAGGUUUAAAGAUGGCUGCCUGGCGGCCUUCUCGUGCAGAAUUUGUGUGGACUCGCUUACUCGUAGAUUAUCAGAAUUCGGGAUUUUCUGAAAAUCUGUUUUUCCUUUACUUUUUCAAAGUGGUUGCCGGCAGCUGCCGGGACCCGCCGGUGAAAACGACUGUUUGUAAAGAUAUACGGAGCGCUGUACAGUUCAGUAAAUAAAACCCGUUUUAUUCCAAAAA